CACGACCCUUAUCAUUGCGCGUUCUCUUCUCCUUCUCCUCAACUCAUACAUGUGCGCGCACGGCAUUAAUCAAUCAAUCUGUCCCAUCAAUCCAUUCAUUCAGCCGUGGUUCAGUUUUGUGUUCUCUAUUUUAUUUUUUGCCAUUCCCUCAUUGUUGUCUGUCCAAACAGACCUCAAGGUGCACAAGGGGUACCGAUCGUCUGCUCCACAUCCGAAUCGAGUCAUAUCCACCGGUUCUGUGGAUAACCACCAGUGCUUGCUAUCCACUCUUCUAGGCCAGUCACCGCACCAACUAGUCUGGAGAACUGCUCCUGCUCGUCCCCGUUCUCCGUCAGGUUGUUAGUAGUGGGCUAGUACCAGGUACUUCCCUGGUUCCUUGUCCUUGGACCGUUCCCCUCAAUAUCGUUCGUUUGACUCGAUCUCGUCACAUCGCUACCUACACACGGACAUCCGUCUACAUACAUACACGGACUGACAUCCACUCACACACACACUCUCUCUCCCUGAACCUCUCUUCUCCUUCCCGCUCUUUUCCCUCU